AUGGCGUCCGCGCAAGAUAGCCCUGCUCCUCCCACCAAAUUCUUCCCGCCCGAUCACGUUCUCAUCGAGCAGUUCCUUCGUCCAAAGUUGGCCGAACUGCCGAUCGACAGCGGCUGUAACAUCCAUGACUUCGACGCUUACUCCGUCUCACCCGACAUCCUCGUCGGCAAGCACGAGCACGCGCCGGGAACCGACAAGGACGACGGGAAAAGGGGCCACUGGUACUUCUUCACACCGGCGCGACGUCACGGGACAAGGAACGGCGGCGGGAGACGGCAGCGUGCGGUCGGCGAGGGUUACACAUGGCACUCGGAAGGUGGAGAGAAGCCCGUUGUUGACGGCGCUACUGGAAGCCUCGUUGGCUACAAGCGGAAGCUCAACUACGUCUUCAAGGAGUCGCCGGGAUCUUCGCCAACCAGGCUCGGAUGGUGCAUGACCGAGUUCCGGCUCGACGACGAUGCUGCUGGGCUGGUGAUCUGCAUGGUCUGCGUGUCACGCCACAAGAGGGAGACUACAUACGAGUCAGUAAUGAAGGCCAUGGCGGAUUCCAAGAAGAGGAAGGCUAGCGACGAUCCACACCCGGACGCUCCACGCCCCCAAACCCCGCGGCGCCAAGAAAUGGAAGAGCUUCAGAACAUGGAGCGCUGGUUGCCCACCGGAGCACUGGGCAACAGCCGCCGCUGGUUGCUUUCCGACCAAGACGACGUGAUGCCCCCUGGAGCUGUGGACGACGGGAGCGUGGAUCCGGCCGGGUUCUUCACCGACAUAGUCGACGUUGAAGAGUUAUGCCGGAUGCAGCAGCAGCGACUGGCUGAGGACGGACACGAGGAGGUCACGUAUGCGAGGCUGUUCGGCGACGACGACAUGGACCUGGUGGUGCCAUCUUCUACACCGGCGCCGGCGCCCGCGUUCGUCUCGUGUGAUACUACAUCGUCGCACGUGAUGGCCAAGUGCUCCAAGGCAGACUGUGAAAUCUGCAUCCAGCAGAUGGUGGAGAAGCUAGUCUACCAGAUUGUUUAG